AAGCGCGCUUCGCAUCCCUGCCGAGUCUCCUUAUAAAAAGUUAGUAAAGUGAUAACCUCCCAAAACCAAAAAACCAAAACCCAGUCACUGAGUCAAGAGCCUCAUCUUUAUAAUUAGAGGGUCCUUCUCUUAUAUUUAGGCUCUCUCUCUCUCUCUCUCUUCUAUUCUUUUUCACCAGAGAUUAGACCCAGGCCACUUCUUUUUCUCAAUUGUACCCCUACACGUCUCUUUUUUUUUUUUUAAUUUUUAUUCUUCUAGUACUAAUAUUAUAUAUAUAUCUCUCCCAAAACUUUCUAUAUCUUUUUCUUUAACCAAAUUAUUUUGUUCUAUCAUUUUGGACACGGGACCUGCCCACCUUGCCCACCCCAAUAUCAAUUUCUCUGAAACAACACACACCCACCAAAAAAAAACAAAAAAGGGUCACAGAAAAACACAUCUAUUACUAGGGAUAUUGAUAUUGUGUGAGAUUGAGAGAGAGUUGUAGCUGAAAAUAAAAAAGGGGCACAAAAUUCACCACACCCACCACACCUUCAAAAAUUUUGCCUGUGUGGCCUGGCUGGCUUCCGUGCAAGACCAAAACACCAAAAACCCCCAAACCUUACAUUUCUUUUAAAAGGUCUUCAUCAGCGGCUGGAGGGCAGGGAAAAUGUUGGGGCCAUGGCACCUUCACACCUCCUCUUUUUUUUUUAAUAAAUAUAUUUUAAAAUUUUCCUCAUUUUUAAACCAAUGGCUCCACUAAGCCUCAAAGUUAAUUCAAGCAUCUGCUUUGAUACAACUGCAAUCUCUUGAUAAUCUUGUCAAAUUCAGUCAUUCCACAUUAAUAAUCAUUAUUUGAGUUUUGAUUAUUUAGUAAAUUACAGUGUCAUUUGUUGGAUAAACUAUACCUGGAAGUUUACAGGAUGAGAUUUUCCAUAUGACUAAGUUUUUCUUGUGAAACCUUAAAAUUGGACUGAUUCAUAUUUGAUUGGAGAGUUGCAUGCUUUUCUAAUGCAAAUUUGUGGUCUUUGUUGUUUUAUGUUAAACUUCAAAUUAAAAUAUUUUGCUGUGAUAUUUCAAAGAGAUUUUGAGAUAUAUGUCAUGAGUAGCACCUACAACUAUUAGAUGGAAGUUUGCUUAAACAAACUAGGGGGAAUGUUGAGAAGAUCUCUUAUAUAUGCUUUGAACUUGAAAGAUGGCAUUAAUCUAGUUGGAGUUCUCUAUUUUCUUCUUUACUCCCUCAAAUCCGGCCCCUAAUAUUUGGGAGCCUAUGUUUCAGCACGGCUGGCAUGCUUGGUUGAUCACUUCCACAAUGUCUUUGGUACUUCGGUAAAAAGUGAUCUCCAACUGCACCAUGGAUUAUUCCAUAUAUAACCAACCAAGUCAGGCCACUUUUGUUUUCAUUAAUGAUGUCUAAUAGCUUUUCUCUCUGUGAUUGAUUUGUAGAGAUAACGUUACACCUAUGUACAUGUUGCACAUACAUGCACACCUCUGACAUUAAUCCUUGUUCUUCUUUUUUUCCUGUUCAGUCAGGAAGAAGUAUGCUCUAAAUUUGUUUUGACUAUAUAUCUUCUGGUAUACCUUAAGAGUGUAUUCUGACUCUUUCAUGGGGUGAGUUUUAUUUGAACAGGGAGGUGAGUUGGGGAAUAACCAGUGAGAUCAUAAGCAUCAUAUGGCACCAAAAAUUUCAGUCUAAAAUCAUGGAAGUGCUUCCUUGUUCUGGUGUCCAAUAUGUUGGAGAAUCUGAUCGCUCUCAACAGAGUUCAGGAACAGUUUUUCUUUAUGAUGGUGAAGCUAACUGCCUUGAACAUGGAAAACAAGUUCAAAUGGGAGAUGGUAAACCGGGUAACUUAUUGCUAAAUGUGGAAGGGCCUCAAAUAGAAAAACAAGGUGAAAUUAAAGGGACAGUUGAUGAAUUGCCUACUUCAGAAGGCCACUGCAGUGGAGCUUCAUAUUGUGAUAGUCAGUUGGAAGACCAAAAUUUAUCUUGUGGUUCUCAUGAUUUUGAAGACGAUGAUGUAAAUGUGCAGAAUUAUUGCACGGACCCAUGCAUGCCAAACAGGGAGGAGGAGUCAUCUCUUGCAGAGCCCACAUGGCUGGAAGGGGAUGAAUCAGUGGCACUGUGGGUCAAGUGGAGAGGGAAGUGGCAAGCAGGAAUCCGAUGUUCAAGGGCUGACUGGCCAUUGUCAACUUUGAAAGCCAAACCAACACAUGACAGGAAGAAAUAUUUUGUGGUUUUUUUUCCACACACAAGAAAUUAUUCUUGGGCAGAUAUGCUACUUGUUCGUUCUAUCAAUGAAUUUCCACAUCCUAUUGCAUAUAAGACACAUAAAGUAGGAUUAAAAAUGGUUAAAGAUUUAACUGUUGCACGCCGGUUUAUUAUGCAAAAGCUAGCUGUUGGCAUGCUGAAUAUUGUUGACCAAUUUCAUACUGAGGCAUUGAUAGAGACUGCUCGUGAUGUGAUGGUUUGGAAGGAGUUUGCUAUGGAGGCUUCCCGUUGUGGUGGUUAUUCUGAACUUGGAAGAAUGCUUCUGAAACUGCACAAGAUGAUACUUCAACGUUACAUGAACUCUAACUGGUUACAACAUUCUUUUCACUCUUGGGCACAAAGAUGUCAGAAUGCACAUAGUGCUGAAUCCAUUGAAAUGCUGAGAGAGGAAUUGUUUGAUUCUAUUUUGUGGAAUGCAGUCAACUCUCUCUGGGAUUCACCGGUGCAGCCCACAUUGGGUUCUGAGUGGAAAACCUGGAAGCAUGAAGUCAUGAAAUGGUUUUCAACCUCUCAUCCAAUAUCUAGUGGUGGAGAUGCGCAGCAGCAGACCAAUGAUGGUCUCUUGACCACAGGUCCCCAGUUUAGCAGGAAGAGGCCAAAGCUUGAGGUUCGUCGUGCAGAGGCACAUGCCUCCCAGGUGGAGACAAUUGGAUCUGAUCAAGCAAUGACCCUUGAGAUUGACUCUUCAUAUUUUAGUGUUCGAGACACUGUAAAUGGUGCUACAUUAGCAUCUGAACCCUGUAAAGUGGAUGAUAGAAAGGAGGUUGCUGCUCCAACAGAUACGCCUAGUUUUGUGGCUGAUAAAUGGGAUGACAUUGUUGUUGAACCUGGAAAUUCUGAAUUAAUUCAAAACAAAGAUGUGGAAUUGACACCUGUGAAUGAAGUGGUCGCUACAGAAUCCUUAGAACCUGGGAGUAAGAAUCGACAAUGUGUAGCUUUUAUUGAAGCUAAGGGAAGGCAAUGUGUGAGGUGGGCAAAUGAUGGUGAUGUUUACUGUUGUGUGCAUUUGUCCUCUCGUUUCUUAGGCAGCUCUGCUAGGGCAGAAAGGACUCCGUCUGUUGACACACCAAUGUGUGAAGGUACCACUGUUCUUGGUACUAAAUGUAAGCAUCGAUCUUUAUAUGGCUCCUCUUUUUGUAAGAAACAUAGACCUCGAAAUGAAACAAGAGGGUCAUCAAUUUUUCCAGAGACGAUCAAGAGAAAGCAUGAGGAGAACCUUCCCAGUUCAGAAACCACAGAAUGCAAAGAUAUGGUAUUGGCGAGCAAAGUUGAAAGUCCUCUCCAAGUGGAUCCUGUCUCAGUCAUGGAGGGGGAUGCCUUACAAGGAAGGAACAGCUUAACUGAAAAUACUGAGCAUCCUGGUAAGGAUAAUAAUAGCACAGAGGUGCUGCACUGUGUAGGCUACUACCUGCACGAUAAUCUCAACCCAUGUCUGGAAAACCCAAACCGCCAUUCAUUAUACUGUGAAAAACACCUUCCAAGCUGGCUUAAACGUGCAAGGAAUGGUAAGAGUAGAAUUAUCUCAAAAGAAGUGUUCAUAGAUCUUUUGAGGGAUUGUUCCUCACAGGAGCGAAAGGUGCGAUUACAUCAAGCAUGUGAGCUUUUUUACAAGCUCUUUAAAAGUAUUUUAUCCCUGAGAAACCCAGUGCCUAAGGAGGUUCAAUUUCAGUGGGCCGUAUCUGAAGCCUCUAAAGAUUAUAAUGUUGGUGAAUUCUUUACAAAAUUGGUUUGCAGUGAAAAAGAGAGACUUAGAAGGAUUUGGGGCUUCAGUGCUGAUGAAGCUGCACAAGUUUCCUCUUCUAUCAUGGAAGAACCAGUACUGUUGCCAAUGGCAGUUGAUGGUAGUCAUGAUGAUGAAAAUACCAUUAGGUGCAAAAUUUGCUCUGAGGAGUUUCCUGAUGAUGAUGCACUUGGCAGCCACUGGAUGGAUAUUCAUAAAAAGGAAGCACAAUGGCUGUUCAGAGGUUAUGCUUGUGCCAUCUGCCUUGAUUCUUUCACAAAUAAGAAAGUCCUUGAAACCCAUGUGCAAGAGAGACAUCAUGUGCAAUUUGUUGAACAAUGCAUGCUUCUCCAGUGUAUUCCUUGUGGCAGUCAUUUUGGGAACAGUGAAGAGUUAUGGUUGCAUGUGCUUUCAGUUCAUCCUGUUGAUUUCAAGCCAUCAAAAGCUGGUCAACAGCAUAAUCUGUCUGUUGAUGAGGAUUCUCCACCAAAACUUGAGCUUUGCAAUACAGCUCCUAUGGAGAAUAUCUCUGAGAAUUCAGGUGGUUUCCGGAAAUUUAUUUGCAGGUUUUGUGGGUUGAAGUUUGAUUUACUACCUGAUCUUGGCCGCCACCAUCAAGCUGCGCAUAUGGGGCCUAGUUUAGUCAGCUCUCGCCCUUCAAAGAAGGGGGUACGUUAUUAUGCAUAUAGACUAAAAUCUGGAAGACUUAGCCGUCCUAGAUUUAAAAAGGGCUUGGCAGCAGCAUCUUAUAGGAUUAGGAACAGGGCCAAUGCUAGUAUGAAGAGACGCAUCCAGGCAUCAAAGUCACUUAGCACCGUAGGGGUAAGUACACAGCCUCAUGUAACUGAGGCAGCCAGUCUUGGCAGAUUGACAGAUUCCCACUGCUCUGCAGUUGCAAAGAUUUUGUUUUCUGAGGUUCAGAAAACAAAACCUCGGCCCAACAACCAUGACAUUUUAUCUACUGCUCGUUCUGCUUGCUGCAAGGUGAGUCUUGUAGCAUCCCUGGAGGGGAGGUAUGGUAUAUUACCAGAACGUUUGUAUCUGAAGGCAGCUAAGCUCUGCAGUGAGCAUAACAUUCAAGUUAACUGGCAUCUAGAGGGGUUUAUGUGUCCUAAAGGUUGUAAGUCAUUCAAGGAUCCAUACUUGCUUUCUCCAUUGAUGUCUUUUCCACAUGGGUCUGUGGGGUACAGAUAUGCACAUUCAUUGGAUCCAGUGAACGACGAGUGGGAGGUGGAUGAGUGCCACUAUAUCAUUGAUUUACACCAAUUGGGAUAUGGGUCCACUCAAAAGGCAGUUGUCUUGUGUGAUGAUAUUAGCUUCGGGCAGGAACUAGUUCCAGUGAUCUGUGUUGCUGAUGAGGGUCUUUUGGAUUCUGUUCACAUCCUUGCGGACGGUUCUGAUGGCCAAAAUGUUAUGCCUUGGGAGAGCUUUACCUAUGUUGUGAAGCCGUUGCUUGAUCAAUCCAUUGCUGGUGAUACAGAGAGCUUACAAUUGGGGUGUGCCUGUCCACAUUCAGCAUGCUAUCCUGAAACCUGUGAUCAUGUUUAUCUCUUUGAUAAUGACUACGAUGAUGCAAAAGACAUUAAUGGGAAACCCAUGCACGGAAGGUUUCCGUAUGAUGAGAAAGGCAGGAUUAUCUUGGAGGAGGGUUACCUUGUUUAUGAGUGCAAUCAUAUGUGCAGCUGCAGUAGAACCUGUCCAAAUAGGGUUUUGCAGAAUGGGGUAAGAGUGAAGUUGGAAGUCUUCAAAACAGAGAAAAAGGGUUGGGCUCUGAGGGCAGGUGAAGCAAUCCUGCGUGGCACGUUUGUAUGUGAGUACAUUGGUGAGAUCUUAGAUGAAGAGAAAGCAAACAAGAGGCGCCACAGGUAUGGGAACGAAGGUUGCAACUAUCUGUAUGAAAUUGAUGCUCAUAUCAAUGAUAUGAGCAGAUUGAUUGAAGGACAGGUCCGACAUGUGAUUGAUGCUACGAUAUAUGGAAACGUUUCACGGUUCAUCAAUCACAGCUGCUCGCCAAAUUUAGUCAAUCACCAAGUUCUCGUGGAAAGCAUGGAUAGUCAGCGUGCACACAUUGGUCUUUAUGCAAGUCGAGAUAUAGCUUUGGGUGAAGAGCUGACAUUCAACUAUCGGUAUAAGCUGCUGCCCGGUGAAGGUUAUCCAUGCCAUUGUGGAGCUUCCAACUGCCGUGGCCGCCUUUAUUAAAUUUCAACCAACCUUAGCGCCCUCUGCUUCUCUAGUCUGGACAACCCAGUGCCUAAAAUUUCAUUGGAGAACAGGAAAAUCUGAAAUUGGAUACAUCAAAGCAGUGAUAGAAUGGCUGAGACCCCGACAGAAUGGCCUGCAAUUGCUAUAUAGUGUGCCCCCUUGCCCUUCUGUAAAUUACAACCUACGUUUCUUUGUUCAUAUAAAUCCUCACCCCCAACCAAGAAAAGGGCAAUUUUACCAGCAUUCUAUACAUGUUUCUUUGCAGAAAUGAGGAUGAAAUGUCAUUUUAUCAUUUUUUUUUGUUUUGUUUAUUGGGAAAUUUUUUUUAUCUACUGCAGAAGUGGCUCCGGAUUAGCGAAUUGUAGAUGGCAUUCUCGAUGUUCAAAUUUCUCUCUGGUCUGGUGGGAAUGCAUUCUCAAUUUUUAAA